AUCUUCUCUGUACUCUCAAUAUCAAAAGCAGAAAUCUCAAGUAAGAUCGGCGUAAACUAUGGCCGAGUCGGGAACAACCUGCCUUCUCCAGCUCAAUCCGUUGGGCUACUAACAACAAUGAAAGCAGGACGUGUGAAGCUGUAUGAUGCAAACCCAGAAAUUCUGAAUCUUCUAUCAGAAACCAAGUUUGAAGUCUCCAUUAUGGUCCCUAACAGCGAAAUCUCAAGCAUUGCUUCAAACCAAAGCAUAUCAGAUGAAUGGGUGAGGCAGAAUGUCUUGCCUUACUACCCCAAAACCUUGAUUCGCUUUUUGCUUGUAGGUAAUGAAGUGCUGAGUGAUUAUUCAGUACAAGGCCAAAAGAUAUGGCUUCAUCUUGUGCCAGCAAUGAGAAGGAUCAAAAGGUCUCUCAAUGCUCAGAACAUUACCAAUAUCAAAGUUAGUACACCAGUAGCCAUGGACGUUUUAGAGACCACUUUCCCGCCGUCGUCUGGGGCAUUCCAAUCCAGGAUAAAAGACACUGUGAUGGUACCAAUGCUUGAGUUCCUUCACAGAACCAAUUCAUUCUUCUUCAUUGAUGCAUAUACUUAUUUUCCGUGGUCAUCCAACCCCAACAAUAUUAGCCUAGAUUUUGCCCUUCUUGGAGGAAAUUUCACUACCACUGACCCUGUCAGUGGCUUCUUCUACACCAAUUUACUGGACCAAAUGCUUGACUCAGUUAUCUUUGCCAUGUCCAAACUCGGGUUCCCUGGCAUCAGGUUGGUGAUAUCUGAAACCGGGUGGCCUAAUUCCGGCGACAUGGAUGAAGCCGGUGCAAAUAUAUACAAUGCAGCAAUGUACAACCGGAAUCUCAUCAAGAAAAUCACAGCAAAACCACCCCUUGGGACCCCGGCUCGUCCUGGUGUUGUUAUUCCAACCUUCAUCUUCUCCUUGUACGAUGAGAACCUGAAGAAUGGGCCAGAAAUAGAGCGACAUUGGGGACUGUUACAUCCAGAUGGGACACCACUGUAUGAAAUUGACUUAACGGGUAAAAGGGCUCCAUCAGAUUUUGCACCAUUACCUUCUCCAAUGAACAAUUCAUCAUACAGAGGAAAGGUUUGGUGUAUGGCAGCAAGAGGAGCAAACCCCAGUAAGCUCUCUCGUGUCCUAAAAUCCUACACCAAAAGAAAAAAGCUAAUAACUUGUAUGUUCGUUUGCUGUCAUUUUGCAAUUUUGAUGUCUCAGUUAUUUUGGUUGAUGAAGCAGGUCGUGGAUCUUGCAACUUCCCAAAUGUCUGAAGACAAUGAAGCAGAACACUAA